GGAGGUGAAGCGGGCUGGUGGACGUUCUAUCCCCGACUGCCCUGGUCUCUAUCGCCCUCUGUCCUCCAGCCUCCCCCGGGCUCUGGGCCUGCGGGCCUGGUUGCUAGGCGGAAGCGGGGCGCGGCGGCGUCCGCUGCGGCUGCCCGGGCGUUUGAAAAGCAGCUUAGACGGCGGCAAAAGACCCCGCCGCCGCCGCGACCAUGGUCUCCAAGUCCGACCAGCUGCUCAUCGUCGUAUCCAUCCUAGAAGGUCGCCAUUUCCCCAAACGUCCAAAGCAUAUGCUUGUGGUAGAAGCCAAGUUCGAUGGAGAGCAGCUGGCUACUGAUCCUGUCGACCACACUGACCAGCCUGAGUUUGCUACCGAGUUAGCCUGGGAAAUCGACAGGAAAGUGCUUCAUCAGCACAGGUUACAGCGCACACCUAUCAAACUCCAGUGCUUCGCCUUGGAUCCUCUGUCUUCUGCCAAGGAAACCAUAGGCUACAUCGUGUUGGACUUAAGAACCGCUCAGGAAACAAAGCAGGCACCUAAGUGGUACCAGUUGCUGAGUAACAAAUACACCAAGUUCAAGUCUGAGAUACAGAUCAGUAUCACUUUGGAAACAGAUGCAAAGGCACAGGUGGAUAGUUUUAAAGCCAAAGGAGCCCCUCCUCGGGAUGGAAAAGUUCCUGCUAGCCUGUCUGGAGUUGACCCGAAGGACAUUGUUGCGGUGUUGAAUGAGGAGGGAGGCUACCAUCAGAUUGGUCCAGCAGAGCAUUGUACUGACCCCUUUAUUCUGUCAGUCACCAUAGCAUUUGCCACCCAGUUGGAACAGUUAAUUCCCUGUACCAUGAAGCUUCCAGAAAGGCAGCCCGAGUUUUUCUUUUACUAUUCUCUACUGGGAAAUGAUGUUACAAAUGAGCCUUUCAAUGAUUUGAUCAACCCAAACUUUGAGCCCGAGAGAGCAUCUGUUCGCAUACGGAGCAGUGUGGAGGUUCUGCGUGUGUACCUGGCUUUCCAUUCUAAACUGCAGAUUCAUCUCUGCUGUGGAGACCAGUCGCUUGGCAGCACAGAAAUCCCUUUAAAUGGAUUGCUGAAGAAGGGCAGUACAGAAAUUAACCAGCAUCCGGUCACAGUCGAGGGUGCGUUCACCCUUGACCCUCCCAACCGAGCCAAGCAGAAGCUGGCCCCUGUCCCCCUGGAGCUGGCCCCCACCGUGGGAGUGUCUGUGGCUCUGCAGAGAGAAGGCAUCGAUUCCCAGUCUUUAAUUGAAUUAAAGACCCAGAAUGGACAUGAGCCUGAGCAUUCAAAGAAGAGAGUUUUAACCCCCAUAAAGGAGAAGACACUCACUGGAGCAAAGUCACCAAGUGUGUCCCCCGUCCAACCUCAAAACCAGACACCUCCAACCAAAGAUGAUGCAACAGAAAGUGAAGUGGAGAGUCUGCAGUAUGACAAGGAUCCAAAACAAAAUGUGAAGGGUAUUAGUUCCAUCCCUGCUUCACUGGCCCAGCCAGUGGUCCCCUCCAAUGCGUCAGAAGUGGUGACCUCAGGACAGAAGAUCGCUGUUCCAGCAACAUCACAUCACUUUUGCUUUUCAAUAGACUUAAGAAGCAUCCAUGGCUUGGAAAUUAGUUUUCCAGUCAAUUGCAUAUUGAGGUACUCCUACCCAUUCUUUGGCAGUGCGGCUCCUAUUAUGACUAACCCUCCUGUAGAAGUUCGGAAAAACAUGGAAGUUUUUCUUCCCCAGUCUUACUGUGCAUUUGAUUUUGCAACCAUGCCUCACCAGCUGCAAGACACCUUCCUAAGGAUCCCACUGCUGGUUGAAUUAUGGCACAAGGAUAAAAUGAGUAAAGACUUACUCCUUGGGAUUGCGAGAAUCCAGCUUUCUAACAUCUUGUCUGCAGAAAAGACCCGGUUUCUGGGCGCUGGUGGUGAACAGUGUUGGCGGCAGACUUACAGUGAGAGCGUGCCCGUCAUGGCAGCACAGGGGUCGAAUAACCGGAUAGUAGAUCUUUCUUACACGAUGACUCUGGAAGACUAUGGACUAGUGAAAAUGCGUGAGAUCUUCGUGUCUGACUCAUCUCAGGGUCUGUCUGCUGUGCAGCAGAAACCAUCUUCUCCUCCUCCGGCUCCUUGUCCUUCUGAGGUCCAGAUGGAGCCUCGUGAGACCUUGGAGUACAAGGCUGCGCUUGAGCUGGAGAUGUGGAAAGAGAUGCAGGAAGACAUAUUUGAAAAUCAGCUGAAGCAGAAAGAAUUGGCUCACAUGCAAGCUCUUGCAGAAGAGUGGAAAAAGAGGGACCGGGAAAGAGAGUCACUAGUGAAGAAAAAGGUAGCUGAAUACAGUAUUCUAGAAGGCAAACUUCAGAAAGCUCUAACUGAGCUAGAGACCCGAGAGCAGCAGCUUGCCAGUGCGGAAGUGGAGCUUCAAAGAGAGAGAAAGGAACUGCAGUCAGAACGGGAGCGGAACCUGCAGGAACUUCAGGACUCUGUCCGCAGGGCCCGAGACGACUGUAUUCACCAGGUGGAGCUGGAGAGGUUGAAGUUGAAGCAGCUGGAAGAGGACAAGCACCGGCUCCAGCAGCAGCUUAAUGAUGCUGAAAACAAGUAUAAGGUUUUAGAAAAAGAGUUCCACCAGUUCAAGGAUCAACAAAGCAACAAACCAGAAAUACGGCUGCAGUCGGAAAUAAAUCUCCUCACCUUGGAAAAGGUUGAACUUGAAAGAAAGUUGGAAUCUGCAACCAAGUCUAAACUGCAUUACAAGCAGCAGUGGGGACGAGCUUUGAAAGAACUUGCCAGACUCAAGCAGAGGGAGCAAGAAAGUCAAAUGGCCCGCCUUAAAAAGCAGCAAGAGGAGUUGGAGCAGAUGCGGCUGCGUUACCUGGCUGCCGAGGAGAAGGAGACAGUGAAAACUGAACAACAGGAACUGCUGGACAUACGGAACGAACUGAACAGGUUAAGGCAGCAAGAACAGAAGCAGUACCAGGACUGCAGAGAGAUAGCAGCGGGGCCGCUGGGCAGCCCGCGGGCCUCUGCGCUGGAGGAAGGCCUGGAUGACUAUCUGACCCGACUGAUAGAGGAGAGGGACACUCUGAUGAGAACCGGCGUCUACAACCACGAAGACCGAAUAAUAAGUGAGCUGGACCGGCAGAUCAGAGAGGUUUUGGCAAAAAACAUUGCCAGUAAUUAAUAACAUUUGGGAGAUCUCUGCAGGUACUCUAGAUCUGGAUUUUAACUUUUUUGUAAAAUCCUCAAAAGCAAGAGAAAUGACUAUUUUGGAAUGCUCUUUUUAAUUUUUUAUAAGCUGAAUUUUGUAUGUUACUGUAUAUAGUAUUUAUUUGAUUUUACCUAUGCCACCUACCUAUGCUGGUUUCAUUUGUAAUUGUAUUUUAUAUGCUCAUUUAAAAUGACUUUUCAGUGUUCUUCGGCUUAAAAUCUGCCAUCUGACUAUAAAAACAGCUUUUCACACCGUGUUCCGGGGGCACCGGCUGCGGUCAUUUCCAGCUACAUAAUUCCUCCUGUUGAGCCGCAGAGUAUGUGUGCACUUUAAAGAUGCUGCCUGACCUUUGACCGUGGAUGUCUUCCGUUGAAGCCAGUUCUAAAUGCAGCCAUUUUUAAAAAUCACUUCAUAGCACCAGUCUUUUUCCCUUAACCUGUGGUAUUUGCAGUCUCAGGCAGAGAAGCUGUGUGGUAUAUUUGGUGACAAGUUAAUCAUUUGUUUAAGUACAGUUCACGCAGAUGUAGAACAAUUGAAUACCAAACUUCAUCCUGCUCCACUCUAAGAAUAUAGGAUAAGAACUUGAUCCGGUCUUCUCCAAGGGCCUCCUGCUCAAGACCGUAUGAGGUCUGGUGGUGGUGGUAAAAUUAUCAGUUGCCUUUAUUUCUCGGUGAUGGCAGUAGUAAGCUCUUACUGCUUCAGAAAUAGAAUAUGGAAACACACCUAAGGCAUUAGCUGAACAAAACAAACAAAACUGAACUAUUUUUUCACUCGCUCUACAUUCAGUCUUUUUUCAAAGGCACCUGAGGGUAAGUGUGUGCAGGGCCAUGUCCUGUGAACAUCCAGAGUUCCUCUAGAUCGUGUUCUCCAGAGCCAGCUCUCUCCCCAUGGCGGCACUUACCACUGUCUCCAAUGACACUGAGCAGGUUAAUCAGCAAACUCCAGGUUCAGGUCGGGUCUUAAAAUACAUAAAGUUUAAAAAUUCUGAUUCCCAAAUAUAACGAAUGUAAGUGUAUACUUUAGGGCGUAUGUACUAAUUACCAGUAACUUCAACAAAGGCAGAGUAGGUUACAUGGUAAUUAAUUGUUCAUUAAGUAUAUUUCUUGUUUGUGAAAUUGAACCCCUAUAGGCAUCAUAUGCUUCUUUUCUUUAAUUAACGAAGUCUUAGUCUUCUAAGAGUAACUCAGUAAAUAACAGAGGGUUACUGGAUGCGAGGGUGAUGAGAAAGAUAAUCAUAGCAGGGAUUUGAAAUAUGAAUUAUGGUUACAUGUUCCUGAUUUUUUUGGUGACACAUGAAUGGAGCAAAAGUAUUUUUGUUUUGGAAGGUCCCGGCCCAACGCUGGUUCCUCCACCAGCAUCCUGUGAAGCCUGGAGCUUUCCAAACACUAGAGGGGGCCUUAGGGUAAACAGAAAGGACUUUGUGAAGUGUAUGUGUUCUUUGCCUUCCAGAAAGCCAUCUCCGAGCUACUGUAAUUUGACAAAUAAAAUCCUAACUGUGUGCAUCCUUGA